AUGAGCUUCAUGGCCAUGUCAGUGGAAGAUUUGCGGGUAGCAGACACUCGCUUCAAUUUCUGGCGCGAGAUGAUUCAGCCCAAUGGAAAGCUGUGGCCAUCAUUCGAUGACAUCAAGGUGUUCAAUGAAAAUGACAAGCUUCUCGACGUUCUUGCCAAAGCUCUGUGUGAGCAAAAUGCCCGUUAUACCCCGCAAGACUUUAAGACCGCCUUUGAAGGGGCGAUUUAG